GGACUCCGGCACGACGCCAUGGUCAACGAUCCUUUCUUCCAGGCUCCGAGCUCUCGUGGCUCUGCGCGAGGACGAGGAGCAUCUCGCGGCAGAGGACGAGGCGCGAACAGCAGCAGCAGCAGCAGCAGCAGGGGCGGGACACUCAAGCGUAGUCAUGGCUCAAGCUUCGGCUCAGAUGAUCGUUCUCCUGCCGGCUCACGGGGCAGAGGCACAGCUCCAUCUCGGAGUACAAGGGGAAACAGAGGCAGAGGUGCUGCCAGACAGACUAAUGGCGAUGUUCGAUCUGCCUCCAAUGGUAAUACCAAUGGCGUGAAGCGAGCAAGGACGCGCAAAGUUGAAGAGGACGAUGAAGAAGCGGACGGGGGGAGCGAGGAUGAUGGGCCUGGAGCCUUGUAUGACUCAGACGUGGCUUCGGACGAUGAUGCAAAGAUUGAUGAAGUGGCGGAAGAGGAAGAAAGGCAGGAUGAGGCGAGAGAGAGUGCGGCGGCGAAACGACUCAGGCUGGCGCGGGAGUAUCUGGCUCGAUUGGAGGAGGACCGUGAACGAGAACUGGCACCAGAUGCAUUCGACGCUGCAGUCAUGGAUCGCGAUACCAUCGCAGAUCGCUUGCAAAAGGACGUCAUGGCUGAAUCUGGCCGCAUGCAUCACCACCUUGCAUCACGCACAAAGUCGGCGCCUUCACGAAUACUCACCACGCCACGCAAGGCCCAUCGGCUCAGUGUCGUCGGCGCGACCAUCUCAGAAGACGGCCAACAUCUCUACACUGCUAGCACCGACGGUCGCGUGCUUCAAUGGUCUACUAACACGAAUGAACCGGAAAGCAAACUUGCGCUCGAGUCGACAUUUUCUGGUGGCGCAAAGAGUGCAAAGGCCAAAGGCAAAGCGAAAGCGAGUGACUCUCCUGCAAGUAUACAAGGGCAUACUGGCGAGCUGUACGCCAUGGCAUUGAGCAGUAAUGGAAAGUAUCUCGUGACCGUUGGCAAGGAUCGCAUGAUUGGCGUAUGGGAUACGAGCGCCGAAGGUAGCAAGUGGCGAGCUGGCUUGAAAGGACACAAGGAUGCUAUAUCGGACGCAUCGUUCAGGAGAGGCACGACUAUCCUGCUCACUUCUUCUUAUGAUCGAACGGUCAAGCUGCACGAGAUCUCGACACUCUCUUACGUCGAGACGCUCUUUGGUCACCAAGACAAGAUACAUUCGCUUGCUGCGCUCAGGUCGGAGUUAGCUGUCACUUCGGGAGGAAGAGACAAGACAGUGCGGUACUGGAAGAUAGCAGACGAAUCUCAGCUUGUCUUUCGUGCAGGCGUGGCCAACAAGCUUCGAAGCGUCAUUGAAGGUGUAGCGGCAGACGAAGCGGAGGAAGAGGAGUUAGCACUCAAGCGAAAGCGCGACAAGGCUCAAUACCUCGAAGGAAGCACAGACUGCGUCGCCAUGAUCGAUGACACUACUUUUCUCAGCGGAGGCGAUUCUGGCACGAUAUGUUUGUGGAAUACAACAAAGAAGAAGCCCAUCUUCUCGCACGCUCUCGCGCAUGGUCUGCACGAGCACGAGUCUGCCAGUGAGGGCAAGAUCACUUCGCCUCGAUGGAUUACCGCCCUGGGUUGCUUGCCAUACGGCGAUGUCUUUGCAUCUGGUACGUGUCUUUACGGCGCUCAACGGCAGCUGCUGACCAGCAUUACAGGCUCAUGGGAUGGCAGUAUACGACUGUGGUCCGUACAUAGCUCGGUCAAAUCAUUCGCAGCCAUGUUUGAAAUACCCGCGGUUGGGUUUGUCAAUUCGAUACAGCUCGUACUUCAUGAAUCGGAAGAAGUCGCUCGCAAGAUCAGUCUGGCAGCUUCGCUCGGUCAGGAGCAUCGUUUGGGAAGAUGGCUCAAGCUGAAACAUGCCAAAAAUGUCGCGUUGUAUGCUGAUCUGCCGAUUGCAUAGCGUCACCGCAAGUGAUCAGACCACGAUGGUCGGAUGUUGACACGGACACCUUCACGCUUGAAGGCAGAAGCAAUGCCUGUCACUGACUCGAGAGUCGCCUUGUGUGUAUGAAACGUGACUGACUUUAGCGAGCUGCAUCCUUGAGUCAACCACUCAGGCUGCUUGCACAGAGCAUCGAUCGUCGAGCUUUCGAUAAGUGUAAGCUCCUGCAAGUGGUGCAGUCGGCUGAUCUCGAUCGCCGCCGCUUGGCCAUACAAACUCGGCCAUGGCGUCAGCCUUACUCCGCCACCGCCAUUCGUCCAGACAUCGACACUGACGACCAGGUGACGUACGUUGGGUACCGACAGUAUCCAUGAGGUGAGCACGACCGGGUCGUCACAGCGGAUGUGAAUAUGAAGCUCAUCAAGGC